CAAGAAAGAGAACUGACACAGGAAGUGGCUGAGCUCUCGGUUUGCUGUGAGAAACUGACUGUGCUGCUGUUUACCACGCUCUACAUAACGGUUCCACUUUGCAUCCAGCUGCUGCAGGAAGACAUUUAGUGAUCUGUAAAGCAUUAAACAGAUUGCUGUAUGUUGGUUAUGUGUGUAUGCCGGAAGAAGGCCGYCCGGUUAGGGAGAACCUGUUGAAAAUAAUAACUUCAAGGAACCUUUCACAGAGGGGCAGCAGGAAAUCCAGCAAGACACCAACAGAGAUGGGGGGCAGUGGAGAGGAGAAGGAGAGUGUGCAGGGGAGGUUUCACAGGAGACUGUCUCGUCUGGGGAGCAGAGGCUCUCUUAGAGAGCCACCCAGACCUCCACCACAGCCUGUCCAACCCUCAGCCACAUCUCCGCCCCCAGCCCCGGCCCCAGCCCCGGCCCCAGUCACGGCCACAGUUGACAGUCCCACUCCCCCAGCAGCGAAACCUCCAACCCCUACAGCCCCAGCCCCUAAACCCUUGGAGCUUCCCCCGAAACCCACUGAUAUAAGCCUGAAGCCAAGCCUCCCUCCAAGGCCUCUAACCAGGUGGUUCAGCAGCAAUGAGCAUGGCACCACAGUCCUACAGGGGUUUGAGUUGUUCCGUGGUGAUGAGACUCUCUGUGAUGUCAUCCUGGUGCCUGGGGACAGCAGUGACACCUUCCCCGUGCACAGAGUCAUUAUGGCCUCUGCCAGCGACUACUUCAAAGCCAUGUUCACUGGGGGUAUGAGAGAACAGGAUAUGAGGGAGAUUAAGCUCCAUAGUGUGAGUAAAACAGGUCUGAAGAACAUCAUAGAGUUCAUCUACACAUCCCGGCUGAGUCUGAGCAUGGCCAACCUGCAGGACACUCUGGAGGCUGCCAACUUCCUCCAGGUCCUCCCCGUCCUCGGCUUCUGCAACAAGCUGCUCAGCACUGAGAUCACCAUUGAUAACUGUGUGGAGGUGGAGCGCAUCGCCGGGGACCUGCUCCUGGAGGAUGUACAGGCCCACAUUGGGAAGUUUGUAUGUCAGAACCUGUCAGCGCUGCUACAGUCUGGCCGCUACCUGAAGCUCUCUCAGCCCAGCCUGGCCAAUGCCCUGGCCAGUGACAGCCUCAAGGGCUUCUCUGAGAUGGAGCUGUACCGCAUCGCCCGCUCCUGGCUGGACCACGACCCCCCCACCCGCCGCUCUGCCGCCUACUCCCUGAUGCGCCAGGUCCGCUUCCCCCUCAUGACCCCCACUGAGCUGCUCGAGAUCUCCCAGGAGGAUGAGGGACGCGAUGACGGCGGAGCGGCCAUGAUGCGCUCGGACACGGCCUGCGUCAACCUCCUGCUAGAGGCCAGCAACUACCAGAUGAUGCCCUUCCUCCAGCCUUCCUUACAGACGGAGCGCACACGCAUCCGGUCGGACGCCAAACACCUGCUGGCGCUGGGCGGGGUGAUGAGGCAGCAGCUGGUGGUGAGCAGGGAGCUGAGACUGUAUGAUGAGGAGAUCGGCCAUUGGAGGGCGCUGAGGCCUAUGGAGGUUCCCCGCUACCAGCACGGCGUGGCCCUGCUCGGGGGCUUUCUCUAUAUCGUAGGCGGCCAGAGCACCUACGACACCAAGGGCAAGACGGCGGUGGACAGCGCCUACCUCUACGACCCGCGCUUCGACCGGUGGCUGCAGGUGGCCUCGCUCAACGAGAAGAGAACCUUCUUCCACCUGAGCACCCUGAAAGGGAAGCUGUAUGCUGUUGGGGGCCGGAACGCCUCAGGAGAGAUCGACACCGUGGAGUGCUACAACCUCAGAAGGAACGAGUGGACAUUCGUGUCGCCCAUGGUCGACCCCCACUACGGGCAUGCUGGGACAGUCCAUGGUGACCUGAUGUAUGUCUCAGGCGGAAUCACACGGGACACGUUCCAGAAGGAGCUGUUGUGUUAUGACCCUGAGACUGACGCAUGGAGUCGCCGUGCCGACAUGAUGGAACUGCGUGGCCUACACUGCAUGUGCACAGUGGGCGACCGGCUCUAUGUGAUGGGAGGGAACCACUUCCGGGGCAGCAGCGACUAUGAUGACGUACUUAAUUGUGAAUUCUACAGCCCUGAGGUGGACCAGUGGACGGUGGUGGCGGCCAUGCCACGGGGCCAGAGUGAUGUAGGGGUGGCCGUGCUCCAGGGCCAGAUCUACGUGGUUGGGGGCUACUCCUGGAACAGCCGCUGCAUGGUGGACAUCGUGCAGCGCUACGACCCAGAGAAGGACGAGUGGGACCGGGUGUUCAACGUGCUGGAACCCCUGGGCGGCAUCCGGGCCUGCACCAUGACCGUGCAUCUGCCUGAGGGUGCCGUGGACGACGGCCAAAUGCAGGAGUGCCCGCUGGACACUGCCAAGAACUGAAAGCUGAGAUCAAGAACAUAUAGAUUUAGCUUCUCUGUGUUUGUGAUGCUGGAAAAUGUGACUUUUUUGUGGGAGAAGUGGAAAAUGUGCAGUAGAAUUUCUCAAAUAGAUCCCACAAGGGGUUGGAACCGGUUCAGGAAACACAACAGAAAACCGGAAAAUAACAAAACAUUUAAAAGAACAGAAAUGGAACCGGGAACGAAAGUGAUCCAUACUGUUCCGGAACUGAACCGUUAUUUUUUAAGGCAUGGCAACCGGUUAAUAACGUUAUUUWACUUUCCUGGCAUUUUUUUCUUGUCCCACAAAAAAAUGCAACAAAGUGUCUAUGCAAAGCCCUCACUCUGUCACUAAGAAACAUAUUCCAGUGUCUCCCUGCAAGAUAAAUCUUUGCCUGUGAUUUUGAGUGUUUAGGCUACCUGCCCC